GCACAGUUCGAAGACAUGACUGACAUUGAAUCGAAUAUACAACAACAGCAGCAGCAACAGCAGUUGCAGAACGUGCAACGGAUGCAACAGGAGAGCUGCCUGCAGGAGUUACAUCAGCAGCUGAGUGCCAAAUACGGCGCAGGAGGAUUCACUGUGCAGCAUCAACAGCAGCAUCAUCAGCAUCACUUUCAUACAGUGGCUUCACUUCCCAGCAAUUUAAUGCCAUUUUUGCCAUUCCUGCGUCCACCUGUGCCCAUAAUGCCUGAUCAAGUGGCGUCAAUCCAAUCGCAUUACAGCCUCAGUCCCAGUCACUCGCAUUCGCACAGCCGCACUCAUGCAAGUGCCCACAAACUGACAAUGCAAUCAAUAUGGCCAACAGCAGCAGUCGCAGCCGCUCAUAUUCAAGCGGCACUGGCUGUCGCCGCUUUUCAGGGCCGCAUCUGGAGUGCAAACACUGGCAGUGUCUCCGAGCCAAACACAAAUUUAUCGAUAGGCAUCGAGACGGGCAGGGUUGAAGGGCCGAGUGCUCGAGUCGCCCGGACAAGUCGGGAUUCCUUAAAUAGCUGUGGCACCAGCUCAGAACGAUCGGCUGCAUUGGACCCGGAGUACCAAGCUCAUUCCCAUAGCCAUGGGCAAUUGAGUGGACAGUCGCAGCGACAUAAUCAUGGACAUAGUAAGCCACAUAUUAAGAGGCCAAUGAAUGCGUUUAUGGUCUGGGCCAAGGAUGAGAGGCGUAAAAUAUUGAAAGCUUGUCCAGACAUGCACAAUUCGAAUAUUUCAAAAAUUUUGGGCGCUCGCUGGAAAGCGAUGUCGAACGCUGACAAGCAGCCCUACUACGAGGAGCAAUCACGUCUAUCCAAGCUGCACAUGGAACAACAUCCCGACUAUCGCUAUCGUCCACGUCCUAAACGCACUUGCAUUGUCGAUGGCAAAAAGAUGCGCAUAUCUGAAUAUAAAGUUCUGAUGCGCAACCGACGUGCGGAAAUGCGACAACUUUGGUGUAGAGGUGGCGGACCAGGUGGUCCAAUAGGUUCCAGCUCUAAUGGUCAUAGCCAGGAUGGCGGCUCCGCCGUGCAAGCAGCAGCAGCAGUAGCUGCUGCCGCCUACCACCUGCAGGAGAUGAGUCAAGCAAUUGUCGACGAUUGUGAAACGCCACCGCCGCCAACUCAGCUAUUGGAUUCUGGACCCAUAGCGAGCAGCAGUAGCAAUUAUUAUUAUCCACCAGAAAGCUUAUCGCCAUCGGGAUUCUCUUCCGAGGACAUGGAAAUCUCAUCAUUGCGUGAUGACGACUAAGAAACAAAACGUAUGACGUUCAUAUACGUAUACAUACAUACAUACAUAUAUAUAGAGACAUACGCGGAUUCUAAUAGAUUGUACUUUUUUCUUGUAAAUACAUAAAAAUAAACUUGAAUCAUUGUAUAGGCCAUUAAGUUUUAGUUCAAGUGCCAUUACACACAUACACACAGACGUAUAUAUAUAUAUAUAUAUAUUAUAUAUAUAUUGAUUGAGUGUUUUGUAGUCGACGAGAAUAGUUCACUCCAAUUUUUGUGCCAUUUAUGCACCAAUGCCAUAGCAAAAUAUUCAUAUACAUACUCAGUAAUUAGGUAGAUAUUUGGCUGACUAGGAUGUUCCGUACCCGUCUCCAUAUUAAC